AAAUAAAACGAACGUAAUAUUCUUUGUGUCUCGUUCUUUCUUGUUUCCAUUUCCCACUACCAAAACAUACAUACUGCAGUGCACUAUAAUAGUUCCAACUCCAUAAUCAAUGAUCUCACUCUCAUUUGAGACACCAAACCAAACGACAUUGAUUGCUUUCCAGUACUUCACUUCUCAAUCCCUAUGCUCUAUUUCGCAUGCGCGCGCUUUUCUGAAUCGUUAAUGAACAGAGAAUAAGAGCUUCUUCGUCCCUCCCAUGUUUCAGGUUUAUGAGAGAAGGAGACAAUGGACACUUUGUUUUUUGGGAUAAAGCUUCGUGCUUCUUUGCAAGGUAACAACACUAUCAAAAGGGUUUUCCCCAGAAGCAAGAGGUGCAACGUUUCUGCAAAACACGUUCGUUACCCAUUGAGGCAUGCUUUUAGGUUUUGUGGCCAAAAUGUAAACUUGUUGAAGAAACACCAUGUUUCCGCAAGUUGGUCUAGGUUGAAAUGUUUCAGGGAAAAGGAACCACCCUUUUCUCUCAGUGUGAGUUAUUUCACCCCAUUGUGGAAAGAGGGGGUUCUUUUGAUGAGGGCCUCUGUGUUCACUGCUGUUAUCUCUGGUUUGUGUCUUUUGGUUUGGUUUGGAAGGAACAAAGCCAGGGGUUUUGUUGAAACAAAUAUCUUGCCUUCUGUUUGUUCAGUGAUCAGUGAGUAUGUUCAGCGCGAUGUUUGCUUUGGCAAGGUUUUGAGAAUCUCACCCUUGAGUGUAACAUUGGAGUCAUGUUCAUUUGGGCCGAAUGAAGAGGAGUUUUCUUGUGGUGAGGCUCCCACCGUGAAGGUUCGUUUUCGCCCUCUUGCUAGCCUGUGGAGGGGGAAAUUUGUGUUUGAUGCAGUAUUGUCACAUCCGUGUGUCUUGGUAGUGCAGAAGAAAGACUUUAGUUGGUUAGGCAUACUGCCAUCUCAAGGGGGCAUUCAGAGGCGCUUGUCAACCAAAGAAGGACUUGAUCAUCGCACUAGAGUGAGGAGGGUUGCUCGAGAGGAGGCAGCUGCUAAAUAUGUGAGAGAAAGGGAUGAUGCAGCUAGGGAAGCUGCAGAGAUGGGUUACUUUGUUUCUGAGAAGAAUUGUGGUCCAUCCAAGGGCGAUGACGAUUUAAAGGAAAUUGCAACUCAUUCAGUAGGAGGAACAAACUCCAAGAGUUUUUUCUGCAUGAAGGAGGUGGAGCAGCAUGGUCAUCGUUGCGUGGGCACAGGUGUUGAUUAUGAUAUGAAACAUGCUGAUUUGGAGGAGUCAUUUAGGGUAAAGUUUCCUGAAAAAGGACUUAAGUUUUGGAAAAGAGUCAUAAAAGGGCAUAGAAAACACAAAUUUAAGCCGAAGGCUAAAAGGAGUGACAUCAGUGCAUCUGGUAUUGCUCUCAGAAAAAGAAUUCUUGAACGCGGUGCAUUUGCAGCAAAUGCAUACUUUCGCAGUCAAUCACAUGGGAAGUUUGAGCAGCCUUUGUCUUCUUCUGGAUGUUUUCAUGCUAGAGAUCAUGAUAGGCAAUUGGUAAAAAGUGAUGACAAAAAUGAUGUAUCUGUUGCCAGUGGUGAUGAUAAUAGAAAUGGUGAUCACCGAAAUGGAACACAAUUCAGAGAUCUGGGAGUCUGGUCUCCUUCAGCUAAUGAAAAUAUUAAUGGUCAUUCAAAUGAUUUAAAUUUUUGCAGUGAUCUGCAUUCACAGACAAGGGAGAGUAAACAUGAAAAUUUACAAUCUAGUGAGGAUGUUGCAGAACAUGCCAAUGCUAAUAUUAGUACAGAGAAAAAGGAGGAGUUGGGACUUCAUGUUGCACACAGUCCAAUUGAUGUUAGUGCAACUAGGGGCCAAAGAGAUUUGGUUUCUGUGAAGCCUAGUUCUCUGUUGGCAGCAUAUUUUCACGUUCCGUUUGAGACCUUGAUUAUGAAAUUUGGCUUAAACUCGUUUUUUAGAAACAUUGAGGGGUUGAAAUCUUUCUUCCUUUCUGGUCCCAUUGAAAAGUUGAAGUCUGAAAUGGGUCUGAAAGUUGAAGGUACUGUUUCUGAAAAUGUAGAUGGGGUAGAUGUUCUGCAGUCUGAAGACCUAACUAAGAUUCUUCCUGUUACAUUGGAUUCUGUUCAAUUUAGAGGUGCAACUGUGAUGCUACUUACAUAUGGUGACAGGGAAGUUAGGGUGCUGGAGAAUGUCAAUGGCCAUGUGAAGUUUCAUAACCACUACGACCAUAUAAAUGUAAAACUGAGUGGAAAUUGUAAGACUUGGAGAUCAGAUGAUAUAUGUGAAGGUGAUAGCUGGUUGUCUGUUGAUGUUUUUGUUGACACUGUUGAGCAGAAAUGGCAUGCAAAUUUGAAAAUUGACCACUUUUUUGUCCCGCUGUUUGAAAGGAUCCUAGACAUUCCAAUUACAUGGUCUAAAGGAAGGGCCAGCGGUGAGGUUCACUUGUGCAUGUCAAAGGGUGAAACUUUUCCAAAUCAUCAUGGACAGCUUAACGUAACAGGGUUGAACUUCCAACUAUCAGACGCUCCAUCGUGUUUUUCCAACAUAUCAGGAAGUUUAUGUUUUCGUGGUCAAAGUAUAUUUUUACACAAUGCAUGUGGCUGGUUUGGCAGCAUUCCUCUAGAAGCAUCAGGAGAUUUUGGCAUUCAUCCCGAGGAAGGAGAAUUUCAUCUUAUGUGUCAGGUUCCUAGUGUUGAAGUGAAUGCUUUGAUGAGAACUUUCAAUAUGAGAUCUCUCUCGUUCCCAUUAGCAGGGUCGAUAACUGCUCUAUUUAACUGUCAAGGCCCACUGGAUACUCCUAUAUUUGUGGGAACUGGAAUGGUUUCUAGGACAUUCUCUUCUUUGCAUGUUGAUACUCCUACAACUGUAGCAUCUGAAGCACUUGCUAAAAGUAAGGAGGCUGGAGCGUUGGCAGCAUUUGAUCGUGUACCAUUUUCACAUGUAUCUGCUAAUUUCACUUUCAACACUGAUAGCUGUAUUGCUGAUUUGUAUGAAAUUAGAGCAAGCCUUGUGGACGGUGGUGAAAUUCGAGGGGCUGGGACAGUAUGGAUAUGCUCAGAGGCUGAGAAUGAUGAGACAGCAAUAGAUGCAAACUUCUCUGGAAGUUUGGCCUUUGAAAAAAUUAUGCUUCGCUAUAUUCCCAGUUAUCAUCAUUUGAUGCCACUCAAAUUUGGAGUUUUAAGUGAAAACACAAAACUUUCAGGGUCUCUUUUAAGACCGAGGUUUGAUAUAAAAUGGACUGCAUCGAAAGCAGAAGGAUCUUUUAGUGAUGCUAGAGGAGAUAUCAUAAUCUCAGAUGAUUUCGUUACUGUUAAUUCUGCUUCAGCUGCAUUUGAUUUGUAUAUGAAAGUUCAAACAUCUUAUUCUGAUAAUUUUUCUCUUAAAAGAGAAGAGUUUUAUGCACCAAGAGCCAUUCCAUUUACCGUUAGUGGAGUUGAGUUUGAUUUGCACAUGCGUGGAUUUGAAUUCUUUAGUUUGGUCACUCCUUAUACAUUGGAUUUUCCAAGACCUUUGAUUUUGAAAGCAACCGGAAGGAUCAAGUUUCAGGGAAAGAUUUUAAAACCUAGUACCACUGUUAUUGAACAAAAUUUUGACAAGAACAAGCAGCAUGUGCAAAUGUUGGAGAAAGGAAGUGCAGAUAGUCUUGUUGGUGAGGUUUCAAUCUCUGGUCUCAAAUUGAAUCAAUUGAUGCUUGCACCUCAAAUGUCUGGGUCGUUGAGUGUUUCUCCCGAGAGUAUCAAGUUGAAUGCCUCUAGUAGGCCUGAUGAAAGUCUUGUGAUGGAUUUUGUUGGGCCACUACAGCUCAGUGGUGAAAGUGGUCUGAAAAGUGGACAACUGGUGUCCAUUUCCCUUCAUAAGGGGCAGUUGAGGGCAAACGUAGAUUUUCAACCAUGUCAUUCAGCUAGCUUGGAGGUAUGGCAUUUUCCACUUGAUGAGCUGGAGCUUGCUUCUCUCAAGGGAACUAUACAGUGGGCAGAAAUCCAGCUUAAUCUUCGAAAAAGAAGAGGACAUGGAAUCAUAUCUAUACUUCGGCCAAAAUUCAAUGGAGUGCUUGGUGAAGCCCUGGAUGUGGCAGCUAGGUGGAGUGGAGAUGUUAUCACUAUUGAAAAAACUAUUUUGGAACAAAGCUACAGUUAUUAUGAAAUGCAAGGCGAAUAUGUAUUACCUGGCACUCGAGAUCAUAACCCUGUUGACAUAAAAGGCGAUGGCUUUUUAAAAAGCUUCUUAUCUGGGCAUUUUGGUAGUGUUAUAUCCUCGAUGGGUAGGUGGAGAAUGAAACUCGAUAUUCCCAGAGCUGAAGUUGCUGAGAUGCUCCCUCUUGCAAGGCUACUUUCUCGAAGUAUGGAUCCUGCUGUUCUUUCAAGAUCAAAGGAUUUUUUUAUUCAAAGUCUGCAGUCGAUGGGAUUAUAUUCUAUGAGCACUCAACAACUGCUUGAGUUAAGAAGGGAGCAUCAUGCUCCGUCAAAUGAUGUUCUUGAUGAUUUGAGCCUUCCCGGUUUACUUGAACUCAAAGGUCGCUGGCAUGGUUCUCUCAAUGCCAGCGGUGGAGGGAAUGGAGACACCCUGGCAGAAUUUGACUUUCAUGGGGAGGACUGGGAGUGGGGAGAAUACAAAACUCAGCGUGUCUUGGCAGUUGGUACUUAUAGUAAUGAUGAUGGUUUGAACCUGGAGAAGUUUUUUAUCCAGAAGGAAAAUGCCACAAUUCAUGCUGAUGGAACUUUGUUAGGACCUAAAUCCAACCUUCAUUUUGCUGUCUUAAACUUUCCUGUUAGUCUGAUACCAACAGUAGUUCAGAUCAUUGACUCUACAUCAUCCAAUGUUGCUCAUUCUCUGCGGCAAUUGUUAGCACCCAUUAGGGGGAUCUUGCAUAUGGAAGGAGAUCUUAGAGGAAGUUUAGCAAAACCAGAAUGUGAUGCUCAAAUUAGGCUACUUGAUGGCGCCAUUGGUGGAAUUGUUCUUGAACGAGCAGAAGUCGUUACCUCUCUAACCUCAACCAGUCACUUUCUAUUCAAUGCAAAAUUUGAACCUUUGAUCCAGAAUGGUCAUGUACUAGUUCAAGGAGCUAUUCCUGUUACUUUUUUUCAAAGUAACAUGUUACAGCAAGAUGUGGAAUUAGAUAAGAGUAGGACUACUUGGGUUCCUGAAUGGGUGAAAAAGAAGAGCAUGGGGACUACCGAUGAUGCCAGAGACAAAAAAGUUUCUAGACGCAGAAAUGAAGAAGGUUGGAAUACUCAAUUAGCUGAAAGCCUUAAAGGUUUAAAUUGGCAAAUUUUAGAUGUUAGAGAAGUCAGGGUUGAUGUUGAUAUAAAAGAUGGGGGAAUGAUGCUGGUAACAGCUUUAACUCCUUAUGCCAAUUGGCUUCAUGGCAGUGCUGAUAUCAUGCUUGAGGCCAGAGGUACAGUUGAUCAACCAGUGCUUAAUGGAUAUGCAUCAUUCCGCAGGGCAUCUAUAUCUUCACCGGUGUUCCGAAAUUCACUGACCAACUUUGGUGGAAUUGUGCACAUGAAAUCAAACAGGUUAUCCAUUCCCUCACUGGAGAGUAGGAUAGGCAGAAAAGGAAAGCUUCUUGUAAAGGGGAAUCUUCCCCUCAGAACUAAGGAACCAGCUCUCAAUGACAAGAUCGAGUUUAAGUGUGAAGUUCUAGAAGUGCAGGCAAAAAAUAUUUUAAGUGGCCAGGUUAACUCCCAGGUGCAAAUAACUGGUUCCAUAUUGCAACCUAACAUUUCUGGAAAUAUUAAACUUAGUCAGGGAGAAGUAUAUUUGCCACAUGAUAAGGGUGGUGCUGCUUCCAAUGGAUUCCCAUCUUAUCCAUCUGCAGUUCCCCGUGGUGGCAUUGAUAAAUCAUAUGCUUCAAGAUAUAUUUCACAGUAUUUUGGCUCAGAAUCUGCUUCUCUGAUGGCCAAAAAUUCCCAAUCCUCUGGCUCUGUCAAUGAGUCAAUUCAGGUGGAAAAGGAUAUGGAGGAAGUGCAGAUAAAACCAAAUAUAGGAAUCCGCCUUAGUGAUCUGAAGCUUGUGCUUGGACCAGAGUUGAAGAUAGUUUAUCCUUUCAUCCUUAAUUUUUCUGUUAGUGGAGAGCUUGAGUUGAAUGGUCUUGCCCAUCCCAAAUGCAUAAAACCUAGGGGCACACUGGCAUUUGAGAAUGGAGAAGUUGAUCUAGUCGCAACGCAGGUGAGGUUAAAACGGGAGCAUCUCAAUGUUGCAAGGUUUGAACCUGAUAAUGGACUAGAUCCUAUGCUAGAUUUAACCUUGGUUGGAUCUGAGAGGCAAUAUAGAAUUCAUCAUCGAGCUAGCAAUUGGCAGGAGUUUGUAGAACAGGAUACACUGUCACCAAUUGAGGUUGCCAGAAGACUUGAUAGUCAGUUAGCAGAAUCCAUUUUGGAAAACAAUGGUCAUGUUGCAUUUGAAAAGGUUGUAACUGCUACUCUUGAAAAACUAAUGCCACGAAUAGAAGGGAAGGGAGAGUUUGGCCUGGCUAAGUGGAAGUUGGUUUACGCUCCCCAGAUUCCUAGUUUGGUUUGUUCUGGUGCUACAGUAGAUCCUUUCACGUUACUUGCUGCUAAUUUAUCAUUUGGUACGGACGUUGAAGUCCAGCUUGGGAAACAUAUUCAGGCCAGAAUCGUUAGGCAAAUGAAGGAGUCACAGAUGGCAAUGGAAUGGACCUUGACCUAUGAACUUACAAGUCGUUUGCAUCUGUGUCUAAAGAAUGGCUCAUCCAAAUGCAUACUUUUUGAGUAUUCUGCAUCCCAGGAUUAACUAACAUCCAAAUAACAUUUGCACUUUGGAAAAUCAGUCUUACCCUAGGUAAAUGCAUAGCUUAAAUACAUGCCAAUAUCAAACUUACCUCACAUGUUUUGUUCAAAGGGUACUCUUUGAAUAGGUAGAAGUAGUUAAGAUGCAUAUCAUUCUUUUGCUCAGUUUGAGCUUUUUAAUAGGGUAGAUGCUAAAUUCAUGAAUAAUCCCACCUUAGUUUUGAAUAGAAAUUCUACAUUAAUGGAAAAAAAAUGUAGCUUGAUUAGAAUGAGGGAUGCAGUGUAAGAGGGGUUUGUUUCUUUUCAGCCUCACAGAAGUCCGAACCAUUGAACCCUAUUUACUUUCAA